AUGAGUGAAGCGGAUGAUGAAAGUGACAACGAAGAAAUUGAUACUACUCAAAAAAGUGAUCACGAAUCAGAAUCUGAGCAGGAUAUUUCGGAAAAUGAAACAAAUGAAAAUGUAAGUGACGUUCAGAAUAAUAACUUUUAUUUGGGGAAAGACAAAACUACCAAAUGGAAGAAAAAUAAACCAAAUAUGCAAAUUCGAGUACGUUCCCAUAAUAUUAUUACACAUUUACCUGGUCCUAAACAAAAUGCACGUAAUGCCAAAUUUGAAAUUGAUUGUUUAAAAUUAUUUAUAAACGAGAAUGUAAUUCGCUUAAUCACCAUUUCGACAAAUAUAUACAUUGAAAGUAUAAAAGCAAAUUUUCAACGUGAAUCUGACGCUAGAUUGACUGAUGAGAGAGAAAUUAAUGCAUUUAUUGGAAUUUUAUUUUUGAUUGGGGCUUUAAGGUGUGCGAGAAAAAAUGCUCAUCAAAUUUGGGAUAAUUCUAGAGGUAGUGGAGUUGAAACAUGUUAUUUAGCAAUGAGUGAAAAACGUUUCAGAUUUUUAGUUAGAUGCAUCCGUUUUGAUGACAUAAAUAAUAAAAAUGAAAGAAGAGAAAUCGACAAAUUAGCACCUAUAAGAGAAGUAUUUGAAUACUUUAUUGUGAAUUUUCAAAAUAAUUUUAUAGCAAGUGAAUAUCUAACGGUUGAUGAACAAUUAUUAGCGUUUCGAGGUCGUUGUUCAUUCAAACAAUACAUUCCUAGCAAACCGGCCAAGUAUGGAUUAAAAAUGUUUGCGUUAGUUGAUGCCAAGACAGCUUAUACAUUUAAUCUUGAAGCUUAUGUAGGUACUCAACCUGAAGGGCCAUAUAAAUGUAAAAAUUCUGGUGAAGAUAUUGUUCUUAGACUUGUACAACCAACAUAUACAGGCACUAUAAGAAAAAAUAAAAGAGAGCUACCAUCAGAGUUUUUACCAAAUAAAAAUAGAGAACUGCAAAGCUCGAUUUUUGGAUUUCAAGAAGAUUAUACAUUAGUGUCAUAUUGUCCCAAAAAAAAUAAAGCUGUAUUAGUUGUGUCAAGUAUGCACAAUGACGACACAAUUGACGAAGAAAAUCAUGCAAAAAAACCUGAAAUGAUUACUUUUUAUAAUAAAACUAAGAUCGGUGUUGACUUAGUAGACCAACUAUGUGAAAAAUACAAUGUGGCUAGGAAUACUCGUAGAUGGCCAAUGGUUAUUUUUUAUGAUCUACUGAACAUAUCUGCUAUAAAUGCUAUUUGUAUAUACAAAUGUUAA